GUCCGAGGCCCAUCAAAUCAGAGACACAAUAGCACUGUAAACAUGCCCGCUGCACUCAGGACGGCUCGCCUGGCAUCUCUUUUCGUUGCGUUCGCGUUUGGGGUUAUCGGUGGCUCUGUUGGCUUGAAUGCCCUAAUCAAGUCAAACCAGGAAAAUUCGUACAUUCAAAAGACCAUAAGCACUCUGCGAGCUCAACUUGGAGAUGUAAAUGUAUACCUUAACACCAAUGAUGUAUUCCACACUGGAGUCGUUAUCACGACAGUCUGUGCCCUCAUAGCAGUUCUCACUUUUGUGUACCUCCUCUUCACUUUUUGCUCAAUCACCAAUCGCCCACUCGGCCUCCGUUUACAAGCUUUCUCUCUCAUCUUCUGCGCAGUGUGGCUUUUCGCGACUCUUAUUCCCUUUGACGUCUAUUUCGCAAACCACUCUGCACAAGUAACUGCCACCCUUGGAGGAACACAAGUCCCUCAAUCGCUUAUACAAUUGCUCGAGAAUGAACUCGGUGUGUCGGCCGUUUACAAGCACAUAUAUUACUUACGCCUUCUUGCGGUUCUACCCUGGUUUGCUUUCCUUUUCUCCCUCGUCGCAGCCGGUGUUUUGUUAGUUGCUUCUGGGCACGCACGCACUACGGAUUAUGGCAAUGCUGCUAGUACUGCUAGUGAAUCAGAGAAGAAUGACGACGUCGAGAGAAGUCAGCCACAAGCUUGAGCGUGCAACACGUAUUAAUGUAGGGUGGAAUAUGCAAGAUUGCUUUUGUUGUACUGUCUUUCAUGAAUGCUAUUGUAUUCGUAGGCAGAUUGUUUUGUAAUGUUGUCAUGUCCUUUAGGAGCGCAAAUGUAUCAAAUUAGACUUUUGUUAAUCAUACAUAUUCAGCAUGUGUUAAUACUGUCUGAGCAGUAUUGUCGUUAUU